AUGUCUUUCUCUCUCGAGCAUAUUGAUGCUUUUCUCCCCAUAACUGCGUUGAAGACGUUUGUAUUGGGUGAUAGGCGUUUCGUCUUUCAAAGUCAAGGCACAUACUUCCGGGUGGUUGAUGAAUCCACGGGUGUUGUCGCUACCCAAAUACAGAUAUUCAAGAGAAACAAUAUUCACGGUUUCAUUACUUUGGAUCAACCACCACAAAAUCAUGACUCGAGCCAUGUCCGAGUAAUCGUUUGGGGUGGUCGCUCAGUGCGAGCGGUCAACUUCGUUCUGGGUUCUGACAAUGAAGUCACGCUGUCGGCCUCUAGUGCCGAGUUCACUGCUCCAGAUUGGAUCAUGAGUGGGUGUGCAGCUGCUCCAGGUGGUCAUUAUGGGGCAUUCUUUAUCACCGCGAACAACGCACUUCUGAGUCUCGAAGUGCUGGACAGUGAGAUGGCCGAGAGACAUACAACUAUAUCCAUAUAUCAGUUGGCGACAAGUGUAAAGUCUAUUCUAUACUCCGCCGAUGUGAUUGCGCUGUCUUCCUCCCAUGUCCUCAUUGCCGCUGGUACCGUCUUCGGAGAGAUCAUCGUGUGGUCGUGUUUCUUGAAUGAAAAUGGAUCACACAAGUCUAACGCAGUCGGCUCCAUCCACCAUUUCUUCACGGGACAUGAUGGAUCAAUCUUUGGUGUGCGCAUCUCUCCCCAGGUCCCAUCCUUGAAUGGAGGCCAGUCUGGCAGGGUACUGGCAAGCUGCAGUGACGAUAGAACUGUGAGAAUCUGGGAUAUAUCAGAUUGUGAGCACAAAACAGCCCAGGAUCAUUCGGCAUACUCCACGGACGGGUUUGAAUUACGAAGCACAGGCUUUGGUCCUGUUGAGGCAGGCGAAGAGAGCGUCGGAUCUGAGUCAUGUAUCGUCCAGGCAUUUGCUCACACGUCUCGCAUUUGGAGUGUCUAUUUCAGGGCCAUCAAAAAUAAUAAGCAAACUCACAUUGGAUUGGUUUCUCGCGGAGAAGAUUGCACAUGCGCUUUGUGGGACCUAAGCUGGCACUCAUCACCCGCAGGGACGACUGAUUAUCAGCUCAAACAGACUUCUUCAAUACAAACACAUAUUGGAAAGCACAUUUGGUCUUUGGAUCUUUGCAGAGUUGGCUCUGAGACUCUGGUUUAUACUGGAGGCGCUGAUGGUGCACUGAAAAGUUUUCCCAUCAAAGAAAAUGACGAUGACCAUCUGAGCUGUGGCCUGGAUGCUUCUUUGCAGCAAUCGUCUGGCUUGCGGGCAAAGGCGAAGAAGAAGCAUUCCACAGCAGAUGGAGCGAGAGUCUUUGCAUUUAUUGCCCAGGACUGCCUUCUUCGCGUCUCUACACAAGGUCAGAUCCAGCCUGGAUAUCUCAAUCAGGCAGGGGAGACUGUCAUUACUUGGGAGACAAUACGUGAAUUCUCCGAGCUUGCCUCUUUUGCCGUCCUGACUGCUUUGCCGCAGAUGGGUCUAGCAUUGAUCGGUAAUUUCCAAGGGUUCUUUCGACUCUAUAAUCACGCUACAAAAUCUGUAACCAACCUUGCAGACGUGGGCAACAGGCCCCUUCAAGCAUUUUUCCUUCAGACCCACUCUUCCAAGAUGGAUACCCUGAACCCUUCUAGCAACAUAACGUUCCUUGUCUGUUAUCCUACCGGAGAAGAAAUAACACUCGUCACUGUGUCCAAUUGGGACAGCGAUCAUCCAAACGCCAAAAUAACCACAUUCAGCCUACCAUCCACCUUUGUGGUCUGCAGUGCGUCUUUCCUCUUUGAGGGCCGAUAUUUCAUCAUAGGGUCAAAAUUAGGCGGCAUUGCCAUAUACAACACCUCCGAGACUGAGCCCAUCUUGGUCAGCCGACGUGUUCAUGGCCGAGAUUUUGUCAAUCACAUUAGUGUCGUGACAUCUGUUACUAUGAGUGACACCACAAAAUCCGAUUUUGUAUUGACCUGUGGGCGAGAUGGAACUUAUUGCCUCCAUGAGUUACAGCUUUGUGGGAACGGUACAGAUGCUGUUUCGAUGCAGACAGUGCACCGUACAGCAUCCAUAACUGGUGGGAACAUUGAAGGCGCUUAUUUCGAUAAAGCGACUGGCGAUUUCAUGUUGUACGGAUUCAGAUCCCAAGAUUUCGUUCUCAGGAACGAAUCGAAGCUGACGGAUAUCGUGUCCAUUGCUUCAGGCGGGUUUCGCCGAGGCUGGGACUUCAUCCCAGGAGACAAAGACCACAAUGCUUUCUUCACGUGGAAAGACGGAUUUUCUUUGAUGACUACUCGCAUCCGAGCUGGUGCUAGUACUGUGCUUCGAGCUGGAGGUCAUGGACGAGAAAUCAAAGCGGUGGAUGUUUUCAACCCCACCGGUGGAGGUCGCACUCUUUUUGCGACUGGUGCCGAGGACACCACUGUUCGGAUUUUUGCGCCGACUUCAACAUUGGCUGCUAGUCCGUGGGGUAGCUUUGAGUGUCUGCGCGUCUUGGACACACACAAAUCUGGAAUUCAGCAGGUGACCUGGUCCAAGGAUGGAAAAUACCUAUUCACCAGUGCUGCAUAUGAAGAGUUUUUCGUAUGGAGAAUCCGCACUAUUCCUGUGUUCGGUGUCGCUACGAAAUUGGUGGCCGCCAGUCCGAAGGAUGACGAGCAUUCAGAUCUCCGGAUACCUAGUUUCGAUUUGCUGGAAGUGGAGGAAGUUGACGGGGAGCAGGGCUUCCUCCUAUGCCUUGCUCUUUCCAACUCUGUUAUCAAGAUCUUCCACUUUUCAUCAUCCAAUGGACAAUUCACUCUCUUGGCUCGUGGGAAAUACAUGACCAAUUGCUUAACCCAAGCCCAUUUCUUGGUCACGAGCUCUUCAGUGAGCCUCAUAACUGCAGCAACCGAUGGCUAUUUCACACUCUGGGAUCUGACAAGCACACUUGAACCAUUCUACACAAUCACACAAUCCACAUUGAAGGCCAAGGCCCCCUUCGACAGCUCUUUUGUUUCACCAGAAAACAUCACAUGCGAAAGCCGAUAUCAAAUUCAUUCAAACAGCAUCAAGGGAAUGGAACUGGUUCCUAUCUCUGACACGACCACUGUUGUUGUUGCUGGAGGUGAUGAUAACUCUCUCUCCGUGUCCCUCCUACAAACACAUCCAUCCGGCACCGGCACAAACGCACAAGUAGCUACAGUCUCUAUCCCCGAUGCUCACGCUGCAGCAGUCACCACGGUUAAAGUGCUCAAUCAGCAAAUCUCUCGUGAUGUCACAUCAAACACAGAAUCCAUCCAAAUUACUGUGGCAUCCUCUGGCAAUGACCACCGAGUUAAAAUCUGGUCAAUCGCUGUGGACCCUACACAAGCUGGCACGCAGGGGAUUAUUGUGAGAUUUCUACUGGAUACAUACAGCUCUAUAGCUGAUAUAUCAUCACUGGGGCUUGUCCGUGGACCUGAAAAUCGCCUCCCCGCAGAGAGCUACGUGUCUGAAUCGGAAAGGAACCAGUCGCGAUUGGUUGUAUGCGGUGUGGGCAUGGAGAUGUUUGCUGCCAAAUCGGAUCAAGCCUUACCUGCAUGA